GAAGCCCGCCCAAACGACGGGAAGCACCGACUCCCGCCCCAUUCGCCACCUAGCUGUACCCCACCACUCCCCGCUUUUAGUCGACAAAAACAAAAUCAAACCCCCGGGAAAAGAAGAGCAAAAAAGAUCGAAAAGAGCAAACCCUAGGUCCCCGUGGCGUCGACGAAAUCCCAAUUCGCCCCCAUCAGAUCGGCCUGCGCAAGGGGCUUUUGCCACAGAUCGGCGCUCUCCCGUCCUCGGAUUCGAUUCCGCCGCCGAAUUUGGCCCCGACCCGUGGUUGGAUCGCCUCCGCCGCCCCAUAUUACUCUCCCUCUGCGAAACGCGCCGCCGCCCGUCGUCCGACCCCGACCCGGACGCCCCUCCUCGCGUCCCCCUCCGCCGCCCGUCGUCGGGCCCCGACGCCGCGCGCCACCGACCCCCGACACCGCUCGGCCUCCCCAGGUUCCUCUUUUUCAGCUUGCAAGAAGCCAAGAUCGACAACAGUUGCCACCACAGGGCUUCUUGGUGCCCAAUCAAGGCUCAGAUGCUGUUUAUUUUCCAAAAGUUUUGGCUGAACCCCCAUGCUCCACGCCAAGUCCGCCCCUGAUCUGGGUGUGGGACUUUAUGUAUGAUGGAAGGUGAAAUUCUGCGAAAAUCUGUCCUUGUGAUUCCUGGGUCCUUGAAUGGAAUCUAGUGGCAGUGAUAAGCCCACUGCAACAGAUGCUACUGAGUCAGUGCUGGGAUUAGAUGGUGAGGAGACUUUAUCUGAGAGGGAAUCUGUUGGAGCGAGACAAGGGCCUGGCUUACCUAAUGAGGGUGUAAAGGCUGCUCCUUCAAGCAGUUCAUCUGCAGGGAGUAAGAGGAGGCGCAAUUGCUUGGGCUCUAAUCAAGUGGAACUUAAUGGGCCAGGGGUGUCGAGUUCCAGUUCUGGUGAUUCCACGUGGAGUAUAGAUAGUUGGAAUGACCGUCACCCAUUCUCAUCGUCGAGAAAUAAGGAUGACCACUCAGAGCGUUCAGUUACUUCUGCUGGAGUUGCAGUGAUCAGGCAGCCUCGUGGUGUCUUGAGGUUGAGGAAGCUAGCUCAAAAUGACGGUACUGAGAGUUGGACUGGAAGUCGUAAUGUUCCACUAUCCAAUGGAGUUCCUAAGUUUAAUCAAUUUCCUAGGAGGAACAAGAGAAGAAAAUCAAGUGUGCUCAGGGAGAACAGAGUUGAUGGUGAUGACCCUGUCAGUUGCUUGAAAACUGGGAAUGGUAUUUGUGAUCAGGAUAGUGGCACAAAGUUUUGUUCUGGAAAUGAAUUCUCAGGUGAAAAGCAGUCACAUCUUUCGGGUGAUGCCCCUAAAGCUGUUCAUGUUGACAAGGAAAGCCGCGGGCAUGUAAAAGGCGAUGAUGAUGUUAGUUUGGAAGAAAAUGCUGCUAGGAUGCUCUGUUCUCUAUCAGAUAAUAGAUGUGCUGGACCACCAAGUACGAGAAUGAAAUCACCGAGUAGGUCGUCGAAGAGAUAUUUUCUUCAGCAUUCAAAUCAUGUCAAGAAUUCGUGCAAAGAAAUCAAGGAUCUAGCUGGUUCUGCUAGGUUGCUGCGGAAGCGUGAUGGUAAAGUUCCAUUCAGGAAGCGCCGUCCACGUCGGCAUUUUUAUGAAGUCAGUCCUCGUGAUGUGGAUCCAUUUUGCAUUGUAAAAGAGAGGAUCAGGGUGUUUUGGCCUCUCGAUGAGACUUGGUACUUUGGCCUGGUCAAGGAAUAUGACCCUGUGACAAGGUUACAUCAUGUCAGGUAUGAUGAUAAGGAUGAAGAAUGGAUCAAUCUUCAAAAUGAGAGGAUCAAGCUCCUGCUUUUGCCUGGUGAAGCUCGCAAUAGAUCUAAUCAUAAUAAUUCAAGGUCACUAUUUAAGCCGAGACAUGAAGAGAGUGAGAGAGAAGACACAGAUGGAAGUAAUACAGGACGUUCGGAGUCAGAGCCCAUCAGCUCAUGGUUGGCUCGAUCGAACCAAGCAAGAUCUGCUACAUCUAGUAACAUCAGCAAGCAGGAACGCACUCAUUCCGAUAUUGUUCCGUUGUUGUUUGACCAAAAGCAGUUCCAGGAAUCCAAUGUCAAGGAGGAUAAGCUGCUGUCUAACGAUGCUGUACCAGGUAGUUCACCAGAGGAUAGGAGGUUUCGCUUUGUUUAUUCUAGGAUGCGAUGUUGCAGGAAAAAGAAUGGUUUUCUCAGCAUUUUAGAAGAGGACUAUAAUCCUAGAAGUAUAGCAAAUUCUUCCAUUAUUCUUGCUGCGCUUCCUGGAAUGGAGUUUGGUGCUAAAACUGAUGCUUCAGUGACAUACGUCAUACUGCUAUUGAACCUGCCACUGACACUGGUUCAUAAGUUCAUUUCUGAAGCCUGUAGCGUCUGGCUUUCCAAUGCCCUCUUUCUUCUUUGGCAUGGUACAUUGGUUGCCUUAUGGCCUAUCGUGCAUCUGGACAUACUUUUUGUUGAUAAUGCUUUGGGUUUGAAACAUUUGCUUCUUGAGACUUGUUUGAGAUCAGCAGUAUCUCUUUUCUGUUUACUUGUUGGAAGCUUCAAUCGGUGUCCUAAGCAGAGUACUCCCAAGGAGUUGAAAAUGCCUUGCACCUCAAUCAGAUUUCAGAUAUCUGGUGUGCAUGGUAGGAGCCAAGUAGUGUUUGUGUUGUUCAGCUUGGUUGGUAUGGGGAAAUCAAAAUGGAAACACCUGCAAAGAAAGCUUCAAUAUCACUGUUCAGGUAGCCAGUUGUCUAAAGCUAAUUGCAUGUAUGCUAACAUCAAACAACUUACCAAUGGAACUGGUCAAAGAGUAUUACCUUCAAUGGAUCUCUUCUCUAAGGGUUUUGAUCUCCGGGACACUUGGUUCCUUUUGGAAUCAAAUUAUUCAGAUAUCAACCCUGUCAUUUGCUGUCUUGAUGCACGGUGUGAAUUUCCUCUAAAUGAUCUGGACGUGGUGGCUGCACCUUCACUACUGCUUUGCCGCCAUCUAAAAUUGCUCACUGAAAGCAAUCUGACUAAUGGUUCUCAUCAAUCCAUGACAUUUACUUUAGACAAGGAUAAGCAGCAGUCCACAGCACAACAUACAUCUGAUCCGGUUCAUCCGGCCGCCCCUUCUGGAAUUUGUUCUUUUAAUCUUAGUUCAUCAACUGAUGGUCCCUUGUAUACCGUUGAAACCACUUUAAGCUCAGAAUGUAAUGGCAGCCAUAUUGGUGAUGCCAAAUCAGCAUGCAGAAAGUUUCCAGAACAAAAUGGGCCUAAUGUUUGUGCUGACAAACCAUGUUCUUCCAAUCUUAGGGUUAUUUUCCCUUCACAAAAGUCUGAAGAGAGGCAUCUUUCCAUUAAAAUUCCUCAACAUAAGACAUCAGAUGCAUCUAAUGAUAAGUCACUUAACAAAGAUGAAAAAGACAUGCAAUCGGUAUCUAAUUUGGUCCAGGAAUUGAACGAAUAUCCAAUUGGUUGUGCUACACCAACUGCCCCCAGGACUACCUACCAUCGGAACCGGUUUACAUCCAUAUCACGCACUUUUGGUGAUGGUUCAAAAUUAUUGCCAGAAGAUCUCACGAUGACUGGUUUUACUGGUGGUUCUAAGAGGCCGCGAAGUCAGGUUUCAUACUCAGUUUCUCCUGGAAGUGAGGAAUUUGGCCUAAAACACAAAGGCCAUUUCCGCAAGAUGCAAUCUCAUAGCAGUGCUAAGACAAAUGAUGCAAAGAGGCUUGCUGAUAAUUCAAGAAGCGGGCAGAGCAGCCCAGAGUCCUUGACUUGUGUUGCAAAUGUCCUGGUUACAGUUGGUGAUAGAGGGUGGAGGGAGUAUGAUACUCAGAUCACAGUGGACUCUGAUGGGCAGAGUGAACACAGGAUAUGUGUGAAGCUUGCAGAUGGAUCCAAGUAUGCUCACAAGGUUUGUCAAGUUUUGCAGCCUGGGGCCACAAACCGCUAUACACAUGCUAUGAUAUGGAAAGGUGGGGCUGAAUGGUGCCUAGAAUUUCCUGACAGAAGUCAGUGGUUGAUUUUCAAGCAAAUGCAUGACGAAUGCUAUAGCCAUAACAUCAGAGCUGCGUCUGUGAGAAACAUUCCAAUCCCUGGUGUCUGCUUGGUUGAAGCUCAUGAUGAUAAUGGUGCUGUACCGUUUGUGCGAUCCCAAGGUUAUCUUGGCCAUAUUGGAACAGAUGUUGAAAUGGCUCUUGAUGAAUCUCGUGUUAUAUACGACAUGGACAGUGAUGAUGAAGCGUGGAAUUUAAGUUGGAGGAAAUCCUUAGCAGGUGAGAGCAUCAUUGCACACGAGUUGACAGAGGACUUGUUUGAGAGGGUUAUGGACAAAUUAGAGAAGUUUGCAUAUAGCCACAACUGCAAUGAGCUCACCAUUGAUCAGAUGAAGGAACUAGAUAUUGAUAAUGUAUCUCUGGAAAUCAUUCAAGGGAUACAUGCUUAUUGGCAAGGCAAGAGGCAGAAAAAGGGAAUGCCGCUCAUUCGACAUUUCCAGUCUGCUAUGUGGAAAAUUUACGAGCAGAAGCUACAUGAUUGGGAAUCUACAGUAUACAGAAUGCAUGGUUCAUCAAAUGGGUACCAAGAAAAGAAAUUGCCCCCAAAACCUGCAUUGUUUGCCUUCUGUUUGAGGCCUCGUGGACUCCAAAUGCCGUACAAGGGACCAAAGCAGCGUUCUCAUAAGAAACUUAUGUCCUCAGGGUGCCAUAGCUUUUCAAGAGAGCAAGAAAGCUUUUACCGACCAGGCAAGAGAUACAAUGAAUAUGUUGGGGAUGGGAGGACAUGUGAAUUGUAUGAUAGUGGUUCUCUUUAUUCACCAACAGGAUAUUCUCCUAGGUUCUCUAUGAGAACAGAUUCCCCUCGAGCAUUCGAUGCCACAGAAAGAAGUUAUACACCAAGAUACUUCAGGACCAAUAGUACCAAAAGGAGUGCAAGCUUUGCAUUCUCUGAUGAUAAUCAGCCAUCACCUUCCUUCCGCCAUCAGAAAGUGAAGCGAGGCACCCCUGAUCAUUGGAACACUGCCAUUCAUGAAUGGCAGAACUCGAAGCACCUCUUCCCGAGUGCAUCCCAGAGCCACCGCGUUGAUUUUGAGGAGCUUAAGCUGUGGGAUGCCACGAGCGCCGCGCAGCACGCAGCAACCAUGGCAAAGCUCAAGAGGGAAAGGGCCCACUGCCUGAUGCACCAGGCUGAUCUUGCCCUCCAUAAGGCCGCCGUGGCCCUCAUGAUGGCUGAAGCGAUCAAAUCAUCCAACAGCGACACAUCCCGGGAUGGUAGAGGGGAUUUCAGGGACGAACAACACUAACCUUUUCCAUUUUUUUGCCACGAGCCCAUGCGCAUAUAUGCAACUUGCUCUCGAUGCAUCUUUUGUUGAUAGAAGGGAGUUUGUUUGCUCCAUUCAAUCAACUCAUUAGAUAGCAUCCCCCUCCCUUUUUUUUUUCCUUUGAUCCCUUGUACAUAGGUUUUCUUUAAUAUCCCUUCUCUUAUUUAGACCUCUCGGUUAUUGCUGGCGAAGAAUGGGCCAGAAUGGUAGGUCAGCUAUCUGUUGGUACAAUCUGGCUUGUUGUCUGCACAACGGCUCUGUUCUCUCAUGGUUGAGUUAGUCCAUGGAAUGCGACUGUUUGGGGGCUUCUGGCCGCUACGGCGCUACCCCAAAGAAACGAUGGAGACAUGAAUGGAAGGCAUAGUACAGCUUGUGCUUC